AUGCAGCGGUACAAUGCGGUGUGGCACACGGUAGCAUGCGGUGCAGCACACACCAUUCUGGGCGAUGGCGUGGUGAUGCUGCGACAGCUCAGGCUCAGCGCGGCACUGGUGAGCUGUAGCAUGCGGUGCAGCACACACCAUUCUGGGCGAUGGCGUGGUGAUGCUGCGACAGCUCAGGCUCAGCGCGGCACAGUGGUGAGCUGUAGCAUGCGGUGCAGCACACACCAUUCUGGGCGAUGGCGUGGUGAUGCUGCGACAGCUCAGGCUCAGUGCGGCACAGUGGUGAGCUGUAGCAUGCGGUGCAGCACACACCAUUCUGGGCGAUGGUGUGGUGAUGCUGCGACAGCUCAGGCUCAGCGCGGCACAGUGGUGAGCUGUAGCAUGCGGUGCAGCACACACCAUUCUGGGCGAUGGCGUGGUGAUGCUGCAACAGCUCAGGCUCAGCGCGGCACAGUGGUGAGCUGUAGCAUGCGGUGCAGCACACACCAUUCUGGGCGAUGGCGUGGUGAUGCUGCGACAGCUCAGGCUCAGCGCGGCACAGUGGUGAGCUGUAGCAUGCCGUGCAGCACACACCAUUCUGGGCGAUGGCGUGGUGAUGCUGCGACAGCUCAGGCUCAGCGCGGCACAGUGGUGAGCUGUAGCAUGCGGUGCAGCACACACCAUUCUGGGCGAUGGCGUGGUGAUGCUGCGACAGCUCAGGCUCAGCGCGGCACAGUGGUGAGCUGUAGCAUGCCGUGCAGCACACACCAUUCUGGGCGAUGGCGUGGUGAUGCUGCGACAGCUCAGGCUCAGCGCGGCACAGUGGUGAGCUGUAGCAUGCGGUACAGCACACACCAUUCUGGGCGAUGGCGUGGUGAUGCUGCGACAGCUCAGGCUCAGCGUGGCACAGUGGUGAGCUGUAGCAUGCGGUGCAGCACACACCAUUCUGGGCGAUGGCGUGGUGAUGCUGCGACAGCUCAGGCUCAGCGCGGCACAGUGGUGAGCUGUAGCAUGCGGUGCAGCACACACCAUUCUGGGCGAUGGCGUGGUGAUGCUGCGACAGCUCAGGCUCAGUGCGGCACAGUGGUGAGCUGUAGCAUGCGGUGCAGCACACACCAUUCUGGGCGAUGGCGUGGUGAUGCUGCGACAGCUCAGGCUCAGCGCGGCACAGUGGUGAGCUGUAGCAUGCGGUGCAGCACACACCAUUCUGGGCGAUGGCGUGGUGAUGCUGCAACAGCUCAGGCUCAGCGCGGCACAGUGGUGAGCUGUAGCAUGUGGUACAGCACACACCAUUCUGGGCGAUGGCGUGGUGAUGCUGCGACAGCUCAGGCUCAGCGCGGCACAGUGGUGAGCUGUAGCAUGCGGUGCAGCACACACCAUUCUGGGCGAUGGCGUGGUGAUGCUGCGUCCGCUCAGGCUCAGCGCGGCACAGUGGUGAGCUGUAGCAUGCGGUGCAGCACACACCAUUCUGGGCGAUGGCGUGGUGAUGCUGCGACAGCUCAGGCUCAGCGCGGCACAGUGGUGAGCUGUAGCAUGCCGUGCAGCACACACCAUUCUGGGCGAUGGCGUGGUGAUGCUGCGACAGCUCAGGCUCAGCGCGGCACAGUGGUGAGCUGUAGCAUGCGGUGCAGCACACACCAUUCUGGGCGAUGGCGUGGUGAUGCUGCGACAGCUCAGGCUCAGCGCGGCACAGUGGUGAGCUGUAGCAUGCGGUGCAGCACACACCAUUCUGGGCGAUGGCGUGGUGAUGCUGCGACAGCUCAGGCUCAGCGCGGCACAGUGGUGAGCUGUAGCAUGCGGUACAGCACACACCAUUCUGGGCGAUGGCGUGGUGAUGCUGCGACAGCUCAGGCUCAGCGCGGCACAGUGGUGAGCUGUAGCAUGCGGUGCAGCACACACCAUUCUGGGCGAUGGCGUGGUGAUGCUGCGACAGCUCAGGCUCAGCGCGGCACAGUGGUGAGCUGUAGCAUGCGGUGCAGCACACACCAUUCUGGGCGAUGGCGUGGUGAUGCUGCGACAGCUCAGGCUCAGUGCGGCACAGUGGUGAGCUGUAGCAUGCGGUGCAGCACACACCAUUCUGAGCGAUGGCGUGGUGAUGCUGCGACAGCUCAGGCUCAGCGCGGCACAGUGGUGAGCUGUAGCAUUAUGUGCAGCACACACCAUUCUGGGCGAUGGCGUGGUGAUGCUGCAACAGCUCAGGCUCAGCGCGGCACAGUGGUGAGCUGUAGCAUGCGGUACAGCACACACCAUUCUGGGCGAUGGCGUGGUGAUGCUGCGACAGCUCAGGCUCAGCGAGGCACAGUGGUGAGCUGUAGCAUGCGGUGCAGCACACACCAUUCUGGGCGAUGGCGUGGUGAUGCUGCGUCAGCUCAGGCUCAGCGCGGCACAGUGGUGAGCUGUAGCAUGCGGCGCAGCACACACCAUUCUGGGCGAUGGCGUGGUGAUGCUGCGACAGCUCAGGCUCAGCGCGGCACAGUGGUGAGCUGUAGCAUGCCGUGCAGCACACACCAUUCUGGGCGAUGGCGUGGUGAUGCUGCGACAGCUCAGGCUCAGCGCGGCACAGUGGUGAGCUGUAGCAUGCGGUGCAGCACACACCAUUCUGGGCGAUGGCGUGGUGAUGCUGCGACAGCUCAGGCUCAGCGCGGCACAGUGGUGAGCUGUAGCAUGCGGUGCAGCACACACCAUUCUGGGCGAUGGCGUGGUGAUGCUGCGACAGCUCAGGCUCAGCGCGGCACAGUGGUGAGCUGUAGCAUGCGGUACAGCACACACCAUUCUGGGCGAUGGCGUGGUGAUGCUGCGACAGCUCAGGCUCAGCGCGGCACAGUGGUGAGCUGUAGCAUGCGGUGCAGCACACACCAUUCUGGGCGAUGGCGUGGUGAUGCUGCGACAGCUCAGGCUCAGCGCGGCACAGUGGUGAGCUGUAGCAUGCGGUGCAGCACACACCAUUCUGGGCGAUGGCGUGGUGAUACUGCGACAGCUCAGGCUCAGCGCGGCACAGUGCUACGGCUCAACGUGUGCCGAUUGUGCUCCGACCACUCUGUUCUGCUGGACGAGUCCAAAGAGGUGGGUGGGUUCACUGCGAGCGUCAGCCGAUUGCGCUCCGACCACUCCGCCUUGUUGGAUGAGUCCAAAGAGAUGGGUGCUGUGCGGUGCACAGCGUUAUGGCGCGGUGCAACAUGGUUAUAUGCGAUUCAGCGGCAGGAGCAAAUUCUGUGCAAUGUGCUCCCCCAUUUCCUCUCCUCAUGGCCCCUUUGCAUUACCCUUCCUUUGCUCUCCAGCUCGGCCACAGCAACCACCACCGCACCAGCACCCACCACCACCGCAUCAGCACCCACCACCACCGCACCAGCACCCUCCACCACCGCGCCAGCACCCACCACCAUCGCACCAGCACACACCACAACCGCACCAGCACCCCCCACCACCGCACCAGCACCCACCACCACCGCACCAGCACCCACCACAGCCGCACCAGCAGUUUCAGCAACAGCAACAGCAACAGCAACAGCAACAGCAGCAGCAGCAGCAGCAGCAGCAGCAGCAGCAGCAGCAGCAGCAGCAGCAGCAGCAGCAGCAGCAGCAGCAGCAGCAGCAACAGCAGCAGCAGCAACAGCAACAGCAGCACCAUCAGCAACCACCACAGCAACAGCUGCUGCUGCCUAA